AUGCAAGUUAAUCACAAAGCUCCUCACUUCUCACAAAUAUGGGCCACCAUAACGAUGCAGGUGCGGAAAUAUAAUGCGGCAGCAUUGCAUGCCACCAAAUGUUGUGCUCUUGCAUGCAAAACAAAAUCAAAACAAAAGGGGAAUAGCAUUUUCAUUUCCACUUACAUAGACUUGAGUAACUUAAAAAGUUUCCAGUGUUGCAAUAAAAAAGCAAUUUUUGACCAAUUAUCUAAAUACUGUCAAACUCAGGGGAUUACUGAUCACGUCACAAAUGGUUACUCAAUAGUUGCUCAAGUGGAAAGAAGUGAAAUUACACAACCGUGUUCUAGACAGCAAUAUUUGUUUGUGGUGCAAAAUACGAAGCGGCUUUGGGAGAAAGAAAAGGAAGAACUGCAUCUAAAGAAGAGAUUGGAUUCAUCUAUCGGUAACUUUUAUGCAGCUAGCUCUGAUUAUGUUGAGUUGACCAACAAAAGUUAUCUAACAGUCUACUUUUUCUUCCAGUCUGGUGUAAAAAUGGGAUAUUUGGCAGUUCAUAUCUCUCCAAGAUCUGUAUUUAAAGAAUUGGAAGCUCUCUACGAAGUUGCAGAUGAGUGUGAGACAUUCGCAGGCACUUCGAGCAUACAACCACCUCCACGCAAUUCAUUUGUCAGUUUAGCGUUUGGUGAAUCUGCCAAAUUUGAAAUAACUCAGAUAUCAAAAGAAUGUUUACAUGAUAUAUCUCCAAUCCUUCAUUCGAUUUCGAACCAUAUUCUGAGUUUUACGAAGCCUCACGAUAGUUUCUUGAAUUCUGGUGUAAAAAUGGGAUAUUUGGCAGUUCAUAUCUCUCCAAGAUCUGUAUUUAAAGAAUUGGAAGCUCUCUACGAAGUUGCAGAUGAGUGUGAGACAUUCGCAGGCACUUCGAGCAUACAACCACCUCCACGCAAUUCAUUUGUCAGUUUAGCGUUUGGUGAAUCUGCCAAAUUUGAAAUAACUCAGAUAUCAAAAGAAUGUUUACAUGAUAUAUCUCCAAUCCUUCAUUCGAUUUCGAACCAUAUUCUGAGUUUUACGAAGCCUCACGAUAGUUUCUUGAAUGUAACAGCUAAUUUUACCUUGGCUGACUGA